GCACUACUUAUUCAGGUGAAAUAGAAAAGACAUACUUUUAACCAGGCAGUGCUGUGGAACAUUCACACUCUCACUUCUGCUCCUGAAUCCAUCAGCUCAGUUGUGUUGAAGAUGGGACAAAUCACUCUUGUGGCCGUAAUGGCGGUGCUUUUCUCCCUUUUCAUGGAAACUGAAGCAAAUCCAUUUGUUUACAACUAUGAAAGGCUACGAAUUGGAGGCUUGGUCUGUGCCUGCUUUUUGGUGGCUGGAGGAUUCGGCGUUUUAUUUUAUAACAGGUGCUCUGGGAAGAACAAAAAAGCGGAAGAUGACAGCAGUGAAAUCUGAUCUCGUUCCUGACAAACCGGUUUCAUCCAGGGAGAAGAGUUGACAGGCAGGGGGUGGAGAGAUUGGCUGUGUGGUGGGGGUUGAUUGGAGGAAAAAACACCAGCUCAAAUGAUUAUACUUGUACAGACCUGUGGAAAGAAAUAACACUUACCAAAAAAAAAAAAAAAAAGAAAAGAAAAAACUGAGGUGCUGCUGAAAGUAAGGGAAAAGUGUGAAAGCAGCCUCAUAGACUGACAUGUCAUAAGUGAAAAGAAAUUAAUGAAUCCCCCUGAUUAUUUCUUGUUUUCAAAAUGUUUCCGUUUUGGAUACAUUUCUAUCUGUACUGAUAAUGUAAAUCAGGGUCAUUUACUGGAUAUUCACAAAGAUAUUUAUUCCUAUAAAGGCACAUUACAGGCUGCUCAGUUGAGCCACUACCAUAAUGUUGCGUAUAGCUUCUGAAGUGGUGCAUUAUUAGGAACAUAUUGUGAUGUCGUUGAGUUAUUGUGGCCUAAUGUUGAUUGCAUGUUUUGCUGUAUGAUAACCUGUAGAGUUAUAUUAUCCCUGUGGUCAAACAUUUCAGCAUUGAAAGAAUCUGAAAGAAACCAACUGCUGUGCACAUCCAAAAUUAAAAUAAAUGUUGCUAUAUGCUCAACCAAAUCGUGGUAUAUC